UUUUUCUUUGUAACUAAUUUAUUGGUAGAAAAACAUGGCGGCUAAACUGCAGUACUGUGCGAGUUGGGCUAUCUGAGUGAAAGAAACAAACUUCUUCCAAAGCUAUCCUAAACCCAGAUCACAAGCGCCAAAUUAUCAAGAACUUCCCAGCCCAACUUAACAAGAACUCCAGCACAGACUGCAGUGUGAGGCACAGACACUGACUGUAAAGAAACAUCAAAACAAGCAACGAAACUUCAUAAUGAUGUCAGCUGUCAAAAAGAUUAACAGUCCUCAAUCAUGGAAGAAUGUACAGCCGCCAGCACAACAGGACCCGGCCAUCCUGUCCUAUCAGAGGUCAUCCAGUCUCCUACCGUCAAACAAUGGCAACCGAGAAACAGGAUUUGUCGAAAAACUUUUGCAUUCCUAUGGAUUUAUCCAGUGUUGUGAGAGAGAGGCUCGUCUGUUUUUCCAUUUUAGUGAAUAUUCAGGAGACAUCAAUGGGGUGAAAAUUGGAGAUGCAGUUGAAUUUCAGCUGUCUAGUGACAGGAGAACGGGUCGCCCCAUUGCAUGUGCCGUCAUAAAAAACGACGAGACAUCGUAUGAGGUGCUAAGCGAGGACCGAUUCACAGGGUCUGUUGUGCAAGAAGCCAAAGUUAGCAAGAGUAAAAAUGGUUGUGUAAAUGGCAACAUAGAUGGUUUGGGCAGAGUGACCUAUGAACACAAUGGAGAAUGUUUUUUUCUACCUUUUGGACUUGACGACAUUGCAGACAGCAACCUGAAACUGAACCCCGGGGACCAGGUGUCAUUCUUCAUGGCCACAGAUAAAAGAAAUGGUAACAUUCAGGCCAGAAAGAUAGAGUUGGUGGCUCCCACCCCUCCCCCUCGGUGUCAAGGUGUGGUCUGUUCUAUGAAGGACUCCUUCGGAUUCAUAGAGCGAGCUGAUGUGGUGAAGGAAAUCUUCUUUCACUACAGCGAGUUUAGUGAAGACAUCAAUGACCUGAUACUGGGGGAUGAUGUGGAGUUUGAUGUUCAGACUAGAAAUAAUAAAGAGGUUGCUGUCAACAUUAAGAAACUACCUGUUGGAACUGUAAUAUUUGAAGACAUCAGCAUUGACGCAAUGAAAGGAAAAAUAAUCAAAACACUGAAGAGUAACCGGAGACAGAGUGAACCACUUGGGGGACGGAUUUCCUGUCAGACCGCCAAAGGGACUGUUGAGUUUCCGUAUGGUGACAAAGACCAGAGUGGUGAAUUCACCCUACAGAUGGGGGACUUGGUGGAGUUCCAGGUGGCCACUGACCGCCGCGACAAACUGCAACGGGCGACUAAAAUCCAGAUCUGUCCAGAGUCGUUCAGCCAGAACACGGAGAAGAGAGAGAAAGGAGUGAUAUCCAAUUUGAAGGAUGGCUAUGGAUUUAUUCAGUGCACAGAUAGGGAGUCGAAAAUUUUCUUCCACUUCAGUGAGCUGAUUGACGUUAAAAAGGACAUACGAACACAAGAUGAAGUGGAAUUUACCGUAAUCCCAGACCCAUCUACCCCAAAUCGUCCAAUGGCUGUCCGUAUCCGGUACUUGCCAAAAGGAAGCGUAUCUUUUGUUACAGUACGUCCAGAAAAGUAUAUUGGGACAAUCGAUCGAGAACCAGCCAAUCACAAAAGUCCAUCAAAAAUAAAAGACAACGAACCUGCUGGUAAUAUCGUGUUUGAUUAUGAAGGAAGAAUACAGCAUAUAUCUUAUUAUGGUAAAGAUCUAGUUGACAUUCGGGAACCCCCUAAAUAUGGAGACAAGGUGGAGUUCUCUAUUGGUGAGACAAAACGAUCCAAUUCUCGUUUUGCGGCAGCUGUUAGGGUUGUCAUCAGAAACAUGCAGGGAAAAUGUCAGGGAUUCAUUGCCACUCUGAAGGACAACUACGGGUUUAUUGAAAAUUCUGACCAUGAUAAGGAGGUCUUCUUUCACUUUAGUUCUUUUGAUGGUGACACAAAUGACCUUGACCUUGGAGACGAAGUAGAGUACACUGUAACAAGAAAAAGUGCCAAACUCAGUGCAGAGAAUAUCCGUAAAGUGCCAAAGGGAACCGUGGCUCCAGAGGACAUUUUAUUUGAUAAGGGAGUUCUUCAGGGAAAAGUGAUACGGCCAAUGAGAAUUGUAAAUCCUGACCAGGACGAGUAUGCUGGCUUGGUGCAAGUAGGUGGGGAUGAUGAUCAAGAUGCAGAGGCUUAUCCCUAUGGAAUCACUAGUCUGACAGACAAGCGGGAUUUCCUUCAGAGAGGAGAUGCUGUGAAAUUCCAGAUCGCUGCUCACAAAAGAACAGGUUUACUGAGAGCAGUAAACAUAGCAGCCAUCAGAAAGUUCACUCGAGCUAGAGUGGACUCAGUGAAGGGACAGUUUGGGUUCAUUAAUUACGAAGCAAUGGAGGGUAAGAAGCUGUUUUUCCAUAUGACGGAGGUCCACGAUGGAGUUGAAGUGCAGGCUGGGGAUGAGGUGGAGUUUGUCAUCGUCCAAAAUCAACGUAAUGGAAAAUACUCUGCCUGCAGUCUGCGCAAAAUCACAGAUAGUCAGCGCCCAGAACGCCUCCUGAGUCGAAUGAAGAGCAUUAAGGAGGACAUGUACGGACCUCGAGUCGUCGCCGUUCGACAACCCAAAGGCCCUGACGGCACGAACGGCUUCAAGGAACCUCGCAAGCCAUGGACACCACCUCAGGCAUAAAGUGGUUCCAGUUAUGUCAAAAAUCCGGCUUCUUCAGAAGGCUUCCUGUCGCUUUGUGAUAUAAUGUUUAAAGUGUUCUCCAUGUUCUCUUCAUUUUUUUCCCGUUUUUUUUAGCCAUAGUAAAAUCAUAAAAGAGGCUUGAUUUGAAACUUACAGGUGUUUACUAGCAGUAAAAUCAACCACAGGGUCUUUUGUUAAAUUCUCUUUUAUAAUGUGAUGACCAAUUUUGAUUUUUUUUAAAAAUAUUUGCUCUAACAAUUGAAGAUCUGGCAACAAAUAGUUAUCUUGUCAGAGAAAAUCUUGAAAACAGUUUCAAAUGUUGGUUUAAAUUCUUAAAAUUUCCUUGCUGCCCCCUUUGUGACUUUACUGUGGCAAAAUUUUAUUUGCAUUGCAUCUACAAGAUAUUGAAUAUGAAUGAGGGUGAUUUUUUUUGUAUGGCAUUGUUAGAAGGAGAGGCAGGUUAUACAUGUGUCGGAAAAAUGUGAGGUAUUUCAUCAAAAGAGAAAAAAAUAUAUAAUUUCAUGUUUUCUACUGUAUACCAAGGUUGUUACAACAUUUGCAUGAAACAGUAUGUACCAAAUCAUAGAGAGAUUGCAUACAAACCAACAUCCUUUAUUCAUUUCAUUAAGAAAUAUCUAGGGAAUAAUUGUCUUGUGUGUUGUAUUUCGGUUUGUGGGUAUAAAAUGAUGGAAGUACGGGGUAAUUUUCGAAAUCGGCAAAGCCAAUGAUGUAGAUAUUUCUCCAGUCAUCCAUUGUUAUCAUAUUCCCCACAAUACGAACAAAAGAGACUCUUAUUCCUUAUAUUUGUAGCACAACUUGGUUUUUUUUUCAUGAGGAUCGGCUUUUAUGUUGAAAGUCACUUGCACGUCACAGUACAUAUAUUGAGAAUGAUAAUACAAAGAAAUAACAAAGGUUUAUUACUGGUGAAAUAUUGGUGAAUGUAAAUAGGCUUGUUUAAAGUAAUGCCUGCCUUUUAUAUAAAGGAAAACCAUGCACAGUCGGGUCAUGCUGCAUAAACCAGUGGAGACAGUAAUGAACAUUUUUUUUCUUUGGACUUUGAAUUUCUCCCAAUCCUAUGGUGUGGUCAAUUCACAAAACUUUUUUCCUUCUUCAAACAAGUUGUCACCUAGUAGCCAUUUCCUUGUCAUAUCUAAAUGUUUUGCCUAUGAACAAUUUCGAACAAACAAAUGUUUUAGACACAAGUAACAAGCCCUUUUGUUACUGUAGUGGUUUAAACCUAACAAGCCUUGUGAAAUGGCCAGUGGGGUCAAUUCACCCAGGUGAACCCUAGAUCUGACUUUAAAACUGUGUGAAAAUGGUCAAUUUGUGAAAGAAAGGUUAUAUUUUAUACUCCAGCUGCUGAAUUUUGUUAUCAACUUUUGUUGAAGAAAACUGAUCUCUUGCAUUCUUUGAAUAGUAUUUGGACAACAAAAUUAAACAGAAUCACUGUCUGAACCACCUUGAUAGACUGUUUCUGGAAGAGAUGUAAUCUGCUCUGUUGUAUUGUUUGCAUACAGUUGCUAGAAAGGUUUCUGAAUCUCGACUGCCUUUGAAAUGAUAUUCUCUUUGCUUUUAUCACUGUAUGAAUACUUAUGUUAGCAGGGUUUCUAUUAUUGUAUAGUUGUAAGUGCACUAACCUAUGAUCAAAGCUUAAAUGUAAAAUACAGUUAAACAUGGUUAUAGCAAAUAUGCUUAUGAUGAAUUCACUCUCAUAAUGAAGUGAAUUUUAUGACGGAAAAUAGACAGUCCUUGUUAUGUAUUUUAUUCUACACAACUUGGAAAGUGGUAAUUCAUGCUUGCAUCAGUAAAUCAGCUCCAGGGGAGGUAAAUUUUGAAUAUGCUACAAUAAAUACACAUACAAGUAAUAAUAAAGUUUAAGAAUUCUGUUCAGCCUUCUCUAAAUUUUUCUUUAUUUUCUGUGGUAUAAAUUAUGAUGACUGUAUGUAGAAGUGGUGAUUGCUCAGUUUGUUUUUUGAGAGUGGACUGUAAGUAUUAUUUUGUAAACAACUUAUUUUUCUGAAGUAAGUAUAAACACGAUUGUCACCACCAACGGCCAAGUUAAAAGACUUUGAAAUCUCCACUAUUGUACGAAGUAACAAGCUGUACUUUUUUUUCAGCACUUUUUGCUGUUGGAGGAUAAAUCCUUUAAAUGUAAGGACAUUUGAUACAAACAAAUGAAUGCAUGGGUUGACAUUUAUAUUUUUUGGCUUCGUUUGGUUGUAAUAAGUUAAAGUACAAAUAUAAAAUUCCUUUUAAAAAAUAAAGAGAUUUGUAAAUUGUCUGUAAUGUUUAAAGGUUGAAAUAUAUCACUCUUCAUAUAAUUUUAAAUAAAUUUUCUCCAUUGUUUUGGAAUUUAGAAAUCAUGGGAAUGAAUUACAUUCCAAAUAGUAAAUUGCAUUCAUUUUACUUAUAAAAACAAAUUUAGUUUUCAUUCAUUUUACUUAUAAAAACAAAUUUAGUUUUCGUUCAUUGUACUUUUAAAAACAAAUUUAGUUUCCAUCAUAUUUGACAAAAGAUUGUUUGUAGCAAGUGUCGUUAAGUGAAACAUAUAAUUGUAGGUCUUUAUUCUCCUAUAAGACCACAAAAUGUACUCAAGCCAAUACAGUAUGUUACGAGAAUACAUGUAAUGUUUUCCUGUCAGAUAUUGUAUGUAAGAAUGCUAGACGUUUUACAUUGUGCAAUUUAUUUAGCUUCUUUUGAUGAAUUUGUUUGCUAUGAGCAAUGAUUGACAAUCUAGAGAGGGUAAAGAUGAUGGUGACCUGCUGAAAUAAUGGUGCAACCUUGAGGGGGUAUUUAUUGAAAGGAAAAAGAAGAAAAAUAGCCGAGCAUCUAUGUCAGUAAACUGGUGCUUAUUGUAAUAUUUUUGUGACAAGUUUCAUGAUGCAUGCAACUUGAAAUACAUUUUAUGUUGAAACAUAAUUGAUAACAAAAAAAAUAAAAGAAACUGAAAAUGGUCAAAAAAUAAAGAAAAAUAUUGAAAGCUAAA